CACCCGAUGAUGUAAACUUAUUUGCUAGAGAGACAGAAAUAUGAAGAAAGUGAAGAACUAUAUGUUAACGAUGAAAGAAGAAGAAAGUAUACGGUUGGAUGUAAGCUCUGUGAGCUCGGACAAAGUAGCAACCGAGCAGCGAGAUGACAAAGGACCAUUGAAAUUAACAGAGCCCCGGAAACGAAUGAGAGAGGACUUUGGUUACUACGAAAUCCGUCUCCUAGUUCUCACCCAGCUUGGAUAUAUUCCAGUAGCAGCCGCAAUGCUCAUGACUGCGUUCAUGGAACCAUCGCCGGAAUGGUGCGACACAGUUAGGGAAACAGAACAAAGUUGGAAGUUAAAUCCAAACAACGAGUUUUACUCUUUAUCAGUUGAACGCGGAUUUGCGUGUCAGAAAAAUUCCAAUCAGACAACUGCAAUGAUGUCCAGUCUGUUAAUGUGGGGAGCACUCAUUGGAUCAUUUGUCUGCGGAUUUUUAUCAGAUAGACUAGGAAGGAAGCCCGUUUAUUUAGGCUGCCUACUAAUGAUUACUAUUGGACAUAUCCUGCUAACUUUCUCUAUGUAUUUGUCAUGGAUGACAAUCAAUGCAACACUAGCUGCGAUGGGAUUCUUCUGCGGUGGCUACAUGGUCACAAAUUUUGUGAUUCUGACUGAAGCAUUUGAACUACCAAAGUCCCGAUUGCUAGUAGUUUCAUUGAAUGGAUGGAGUGUGUCAAUGGCCGUCACAGCACUGGCUGCAUCGUAUACCCUCAAUUGGUACGCGUAUCACACAAUCUUCGCAAUUGUCGGUGCUUGUAUUGCAAUUAUUUCGUUGGCAACUUGUUCGGAAAGUUGCCGUUGGCUAUCUGCAAAUGGUUUGCAAAAUGAUGCGAAAAAGAUAGCUCUGCAAAUCACAUUGUUGAAUAACAAUAGAGAUAUAGAAGAAGAUGAUAUCAGCAUUCUAAGUUGGCACGAGAUAUUGGGUUUCAGUGCUCCAACGCAUACUGAUGAGAAGAAAACUUGGAAAACAUUGUUUAAGUCCACAAGAUUCCUAAAACCAACAGCUGUCAUGUGCUACUCAUUUAUGGCUUCUUCCAUUGUUUCAUUUGGCUUUUACUUCUCCAUUGAUGUUCUCCCAGGCAACCGAUACUACAAUAUGACUAUUAUGGGAAUUUUGAAGUUUAUCUUAGGAUUCACCCCCUUCUUCCUCAAUAGAUUUUUAACAAAACGAGCGAUUGCAAUUUCUUCAGUUGGUCUCUGUUGCUUGGCAGCACUUAUGAUAUUGCCAAUCCAGUACUACGACAUUCAAUGCAUGCGGUGGGUAAUUAUAAUGCUAUCGUUAAUGAUAGCCGCAGGAAUUGACCCAACGUGGAAGAUCAAUCAUCUCUACUCAGCAGAGCUGUUUCCAACGUCUGUUAGAAGUAUGGCUAGAGGUGUUUGUAAUGCGGGAGGUCGACUUGGAUCAGUAAUGGCUCCAAUGAUUGUCUACCUCCGAACGUUUGGUUUUUUCAUUCCAAAUGCAAUUUUUGCAGUUCUUCUUUUUAUCCAGUUGGUCGUAAUUGUGAUCUUCUUGCCCGAUGACAGUGACAAGGACGCCAACGAGAUGAAUGAUGAGUAACGAUUCGAAAACGAUGAACUCUUAUCAUUCAAAACAAAACUGUCCAUUGACAUAAUUUAUUAUCUUCAUGAUUUAUCAUCUCAUCUCAAAAGUCUCUGAUAGUUUUAAUUUCCUGUUGUUCAAGUAGUGACCGGUUCUUCCCACAACAUUUGUUGUUUCUCUUUCUCACCCAUUUCCUUCAAAUUCCAUUCCAAAGAUUCCAAUUUUCGUUCCGAGUAGUUCUCAAUUCCAACCUAAAUUCUUCAAUGUUCCAGUUGUAAAUCUGUAAACUACCAUGUUCAACCCCUGCAAGCUUUUGCAUCAAAGGCGGCAUGAGGGGAGUAAUAAAAUCGAACAAUA